AUGUCAAAUGAAUCAAAACCUAGCAGCAAUACUAGUUUAAACAGUGAUGCAUCCUUACCCACUACCAAAGUAGACGCAUCUAAAUCCAAACCUCCUAAACGUCAAUGGAAAAAUCCAGCUUUAAGAAUGAUGGGAAUACCUAAACCAAAAUUACCUUCAAGAAAUUGGUUAAUAUUUUGGUCAGUUGUAAUUGGUCUUGGUUCAUCUUAUGCUUACGACAGAUAUGAACAAAAACAAAUUAGAAAAAAAUACAUGAAAUUAGUUGAAUCAGAUACUAAAUCAUCAUCAUAUUCAUUAAAUCUUAAACCUAGAAAAUUGACAAUUUAUAUUGCUCCACCUCCAAAUGAUUUCCUCGAGGAGAGUUUAAAAAUUUUUAGAAAGUUUGUUAAACCAAUUUUGAAUUCUUCAUGUAUAGAUUUUGAAAUAUUCAGUGAGAGUAGACAAGGAGAUAUUAGAAGUUCAGUAGCAGAAAAAAUAAGAGAAUUAAGAAGAGAAAAAGGUGGUCUUAUACAAAAGGAAAAUAAAGUUGAGGAAAAUGACAGUGAAUAUAAAGCUAGGUCAGAUGUUUAUAAACCUAGUGAUUUACUUGGAUUAUAUAAAAUUUUUCCAAAAAAAGUUGAUAUAAAUUCAGAAGAAUCAGGGGCAGAUAUUGCAGGUGGUAUAAUAUGCAUUGGAAGAGGAGCAUAUAAAGAAUAUUUAACUGGAUUACAUGAAGGUUUACUCGGACCAUUAGAAAAACCAGAAGAAGUUAAACUUAAAGAAAUUGAACUUAAAGAAAAGAAACAAAAAUUGAAAGAAGAAAACCCAACCGAAUUUGAUGAUGACGAUGAUGAGAAAUUAAAACCAGUCCCAAUAAGAUACAUAUCUUCCAAAGAGUAUUCAAAUGCUGAACUUGCACCAGAAUUAAAUUUAAAUAAUUCAAGUCUUAAAGAUUCUAAUGGUGUGCCUUAUUUUUUUGAACAGCCAAUUUAUGUAUUUUCCAUACCUAGACUAAUUGGAUUUAAAAAUAUGCCUACAAAGAUAUAUAAUUUUUUUACUAAAAGGUAUUUAACUCAAGAUUUAUCGGAGAAAACACUAGCUAUAGUUGAUAAAGAUAUUCGUAAUUUUGAAUUUAAAGAUACAUUAAUGGCAAAAGAAGAAGAAUUACAUUGGCCUAAAAGUUGGGUUGAAAUGGGAAUCGAAAGACAAUCCGAAUGGGUUCAAGAUUUAGAUUAUGAUGAUAGAGUUAUAAAAAGAUUAAAAGUAUUCAAUUGUAAAUAG